CGGUCGCAAUCGCGGUGGAGAUUCAGGACAGCUCGAUUGCAAAAUACUUGAUAAUUGUUCCUGGGAUGCGUCGCUAAUUUUCUUUACUCUCUGAUAUCCAAACGAUGGGUCAAAAAAUUAUCCAAAAAUUAAAUACGAAGAGCUGCUCUUUAGCUUUAUCACAGAGCUUUGCAAUUAGAAAGUACUUUAUGAUUGUUGAGUAGAUUUGUGAAUUAUUCAAAAUUACAUGCAAGAAAGUAUUCAGCGCCAUUUUGUUCGGUAUUAUUAUUGGAUUGGUUGCUUUCAGAUUUUUAUGUUUUCGAUUGUAUAUGAGGACGGUAGGAAAAUUCUUCUCCUGCACAAUACGUAUGUAUUAUUAUUAUUAUCAUACUUUUUGUACUGAAUAUAUGACAACGAAGAACAAAGUAAAUGUUUGGAUAAUUUCACGUUCGUGUUGCUAAAAGAUAUUCGACAAGAAUUCACGAGAAGCAUCAGGCAUCUCGCGUAAAAUGCAAAUCUCUGGCGGCCGUUCUUCAAAUCCGGUUUGCGGUAUAAGGAAACAACUGAAGAAUAAUCCGCGAUGCGUUCGCAAUCAUGCUUCCGAUUUUCAGAGGUCCCGAUAAAACAAUUCCAAUUUCAAUAUUCAUCGAGCUCCGAAAGCUGCGAUGGAGUUAUGACUGAUCGCGUUGUUUCUGCAAAUCCAUACUUUCACAGAUACAGAAAUAAAACUGAAACUCGAUUGAAAAUAUAUCUCGUCUUCUAAACGGUAUAAGCGCGUGCAUCGAUGUUGAUAUUUUGUAUAUUCCUGCGUUUAGGGACAUAAAUGUAUAAACAUGCCCGGUUUAGUUACAACGACUAAGGUGUUUCCCGAAUAAACUCCGUUUAAACCUUUGUUCAAAAGAAGAAUAAAGAUUCCUGAACGAGUUUCGACGCGUGCUUUGCACCCAAAAAGGAUUCUAUCGCCACAAAACGUCUACGAGGGCUUCGCAGUCGCCAGGAUGAAUAUCCUUAGACGAUCGUUUUUCAAAGCCGGUUUUCGCGACACGAGGAAACAACUAAAUACUAAUGAAGCGCGGGCACGUUUGUGUCUGUGCGUUGUGUGCAUCGUCGUCGUCCUCUUACAUAUAUAUUUCACCAGGAAGAUCGAAGCUGACGAGCGUGAAUCUUUCUACGAGUCUUUCCCUUCGGUCUGAUUCACCGCGUCACUUCGGCUUGCUCGGCAUCAUCAGUUUAGUCUUGAGCUGCACGCCACGCGGAUUGCUUUAUCGGCACCCGGUGGAUUUCGUAGCUCGGUUCGGUUGCCCUUAUCGCGGAGAUGUGCGUCAACGUUCUGCUGAUCAUACUCUCCCAAUUGUGCAUAAGUACCUUGGAGUUCUCCGUGGAAGUGAAGGACGACCUGGCUGAAGGAAACCUGUGCCCGCUGGAAAAUGGCGAGCAAGGGGUAUGUAGGAAGCUACCCGAUUGUCCGUCCAGAAUGAAGGAGGUGCACGAAGGUAGAAGAAAUUCUGAAUCUUCGGGAAGAUGCGGAUUCCAAGACUUCGUAGAGAUCGUUUGCUGUCCCAUCGACUUCGACGAUAAAAUUGGCCGUCGAGCAGCGGAAACUGCUUGCCAGCAGUACGACAACGAAAUUACAGUGAACGAGGUGAAACCGGAUGACCUGACUUUUCAUAUAUUCGGUGGAACCCAGGCACAGUCGGGCGAGUUUCCCUACAUGGUUGCAUUAGGAUACGAAAACGACAACACAGACGAGGAUGCACCACCCAUCAGAUAUGGUUGCGGAGGUAGCCUGAUAUCAACCCAACACGUGUUGACCGCGGCCCACUGUGUGAAUAACAUAAAUGAAAGAGUUCCCAUCGAGGUACGAUUGGGCAACGAAAACAUAAACAGCACCGCGACGAGUGUGCAACGUAUACCGAUCAGCGACAUAAUUUCUCAUCCGCUGUACAAACGUAGCACGAACUAUAACGAUGUGGCCAUCCUUAAAUUGAAAACGAACGUCCAGCUAUCGACCACGGUUAAACCUAUCUGCCUUCAAACUAGGUCCCUGAGCACGAUGAAUAUUACAUCAAGAACGCCUUUAGUCGUUAUCGGAUGGGGCGACACGAGCUUCGACUCCGAGGGCUCCAGCACGCUGAUGAGGACGCCUAGUCUCAGUCUGGUGGACAGAGAAGAGUGCGCCAAAUUCUACACUGGGUUUAACAAGCUGCCCCAGGGUAUCGACAACACCAUGAUCUGCGCGAUAGACAAAAAUAGUAGCAGGAGAGCGGACGCUUGCCAAGGUGACAGCGGAGGUCCUUUAUUAAUGCUGACAGAGACGGGCGACAGUGUAAUUGGAAUCACGGCAUUUGGGCAAAGUUGCGGCAGUUCUACCCCCGGUGUUUACAUGGCGGUGCACUCUUUCCUGGAUUGGAUCGAGGAGCACGUGUGGCCGAGCAACGACAGGGAGAGAGAGAAGGAGCCAGAAACGAUUAGCGUGCAUUUCACUAUAGAACUAAGAGAUGAGAAAGAAGAAAGAGUAAACAUGACGCGAUAUACCCAAGGCAGGCUUCACGUGGAAGUAAAUACAUAAACAAUUGCGUCAAAUGGGCGUGUUCUUCUCUGAUAAGACAGGGAAAAAAUUCUAGAAGAUAAUAAACUAAAGUUAUGUGUGCGCUUUCCAUACAAACUUAUAAAGUAGAGACUGAUAUAAUUAAUAACAUGGUUUCUAGUUUAAAAAACAAGGAUAGUGAAUGUUCGAAGAGACUUCGUUUACGUUUAACAGGAAUUUGUGCAAUAAUAAUGUUAUCUAAUAAACUGUUAUCGUGUCUCGUUCGAUGCACGUUAAUUUAAACUGAAA